CCCCCUGCCCAGGUGGCGGGGGCGGGGCGGCUGGUGACGCUGGCGCUGCGCCCCACCGGGGUUUGGGGUGGGAAUUUCGGAAUUUUGGGUGGAACUCUUGGGGAUUUUGGGUGGAAUCAUUGCGAUUUUGGGCUUUUCCCUUUGAUUUUUGGGGUUUCUUCUUGGGAACUGGGUGGAAUUCUUGGAUUUUUGGGUGGAAUCAUUCAGAUUUUGGGGUUUUCCCUUGGAUUUUGUGGGAUUUUGGGUGAAAUUCUCAGGAUUUUUGGGUUUUUUUCUAGAGAUUUUGGGUGGAAUUUGGUGGGAUUUUGGGCUUUUCCCUUGGAUUUUGGGUGGAAUUUUUGGGAUUUUGGAUUUUUUGGGUGGAAUAAUUCAGAUUUUGGGGCUUUUCCCUUGGAUUUUGGGUGGAAUUUGUGGGAUUUUGGGUGGAUUUUCUUGAUUUUGGGUGGAAUUUUCUCAAUUUUGGGUGGAAUUGUCUCGAUUUCGGGUGGAAUUUUCACGUUUUCACCUGGAAUUUUCGCGAUUUCGCCCGGAAUUUCGGGAUUUUCUCCCGGGAAUCCCGUGUUUUGUAAAUUUUGGGCAUCCCCCCUGCCCAGGUGGCGGGGGGCGGGCGGGCUGGUGACGCUGGCGCUGCGCCCCACCGGGAUCUUCGGGGAGCGGCACCCCCUGCUGGAGCUCUUCUACCGGCGGGGGAGGGGCCUGGGGGGGGCGCGUGCCCCGCACCUCCCCCCCAACGCCGAGCACGGGCGCGUCUACGCAGGAAACGUGGCCUGGAUGCACGUGCUGGCCGCCCCGCGCCGCCGCGCCCGCCCGGCCUCGGUGGGCGGCCAGUUCUUCUUCUGCUACGACGCGUCGCCCUGGGCGCCCUACGAGGAGUUCAACCUGCUGCUGCUGGGCCCCGCCGGCAUCUCGGGGGGCCCCCCGCGUCCCCCCGCGGCUCUCGGCGCUCCUGGCCUGGCUCAACGGCCUCCUGAGGGAAAUUUUGGGGCGCUUCGGGGUGUGCUGGGAGAAAAGCGGAUUUUGGGGCGCUUCGGGGUGUGCUGGGCGCCGCUGCUGAACCCCUACACCUGGGCCGUGGCCUCCACCCCGUUCAGCGUCCGCACCGACAAGGCCGAGCGCCAGCUGGGCUACCGGCCGCUCUUCUCCUGGGAGGAGGCCCGGGACAGGACGGCGCGCUGGGUCCGGCAGCUGGGCGGGGCCUGAAGGGGUUAAAAACGGGGGGAAAUGGGAAAAAACGGCGAAAAAACGGGGAAAAUCGGUGAAAAAACGGGGGAAAUCGGUGAAAAAAUGGGAGAGAAAUGGGGAAGAAAGGGUUAAAAUUGGCGGUUUGGGGCUGAGGUUGAGGUGGGUGUGGACGUGAAGGGGUUAAAAUGGACAAAAUGUGAAAAAUUGGGGAAAUCGGUGAAAAAAUGAGAAAAUUUGGGUGAAAAAAUGGGGAAGAAAUGGGGAAGAAAGGGUUUAAAAUGGCGGAUUGGGGGCUGAGGUUGAGGCUGGUGUGGGGUGUGGACGUGAAGGGGUUAAAACGGGAGAAAAUGUGAAAAAAUGGGAAAAAUCGGUGAAAAAAUGAGAAAAUUUGGUGAAAAAAUGGGGAAGAAAUGGGGAAGAAAGGGUUAAAAUGGUGGAUUGGGGGCUGAGGUUGAGCCUGGUGUGGGUGUGGACAUGAAGGGGUUAAAAAGGGUUAAAAAGGGGUUAAAAAACGGUGAAAA